AUGAAUGCAGAGCAAAGAAUUUUACAAGAAAGAGAAAACUGGAGAAAAGAUAGACCUUUCGGAUUUGUUGCCAAACCAGUGAUGAAAAAAGACAAAUCGCUAGAUCUGUUCAUGUGGGAGUGCACUAUCCCGGGGCCAGAGCUGUCGCCUUUCAACGGCUGCAAUUUGGGGCUUAUUAUUGAGUUCUACACGAGCUAUCCGGCCAGUCCCCCGCAAGUAAAGUUUACUUCAAACAUAUACCACCCAAAUGUGUAUUCUGAUGGGUUUGUCUGCCUGGACAUUCUCAGCGACGCAUGGACUCCUUCGAUGAACAUAAAAACCAUUCUGAUGGCAGUGCACACGCUUCUUGGAGAGCCAAACAACGACUCCCCGGCAAACGAAGAAGCAGCUGAGCUGUACAGAAAAAAUCCAAGAAAAUACAUGCAAAAGGCCAUCAAAUGCCUUAGCGCACCGAAACAAACCCGCUCAAAGCCCGCGCAGUGA